AACACAAGGCUAUGAAAUCGUAGCAACUAAAUUUAACCAGAACUCAUAUAAUAGUGUUGUACAUAGGCAAUAACUUAAUUAUGAAUCAUUUGGAUAUUCCAUGUGAAGAAAACUUUUUUUCUAAAUUUGGACAGUAUGAAUUCGAGAGAGCAAAGAAGCGUGAAGAACUUAUGCAAGACUACUUGGAAUUCAAGCAAAGAGAGGAAAAAAGCUUCCAUAAUAGAUUCUCCGAUAAAAAGAAAAAUUAUCAUCAAUCACUUGAGCCCUCGGGACCUUUGAAGGUGCUUGAAAGUUUUCCAAAUAUAAAUGAAUCGUUUGGUGUACAAUAUGAGCUACCAAAGAGUGAUUUUGGAUGCAGGUUGACGGAACUAGAAAAGAAAAUCAACACCCUGUUUAACGACCAAAGGCCUGUAGUGCACUCUAACAGACCUGAGUAUGUUUAAAUUUUCCUCAAGUAAUCGAAAAUUUAAUAAUAUCACCAGUUUAAAUGAUAAAUCCUUAGUACCAUAUGAUAGUGGUGUUCCCAUUAUCAAAGAAUUAAAGAACAACUCAGGACCUAACAGUCCGGAUGCAGCAGACAAUAGAUACGAAGAUUUAAAAAAACGCCUACACCAAAUAACUGAGGCAGACAAACAUCUUAGUCUUAUAGAGGAAGAAUACAAUAAGCUAAAGAAUAUUCAAAGUCCGUAUACGUUAGACCAUAAAAAUCCAACGAACCAGGGUCUUCGUACCUUAUCGUUCAGCUCGUGGAAGUCUGAAAAGAAUGAAGUAAAAUACUCCAAACAAAAUUUAAAGGAUAAUUACAGAAAAGAGUUAGAGUUACAAAUUGCUGAGACAGAAAGAAAGCGUUCAUAUGAAAAGGCGGAUAGCAUAAAAAACAGUGCUAUGUGCCCAAUACCCACUUAUGCAUAUAGAAAUUCAGAAAUGGAGUCAAAUAAAAUAAACUCAAAUGAGACACAUUUAAAUUCGACAGAAUGUUUAUACUUUGAUGUAGGACAAAGAGAUUUGCUCGCAAUAAAUGCAUCAACUCAACCUUCACCCUCUGGAAUGUUGAACGCUAGUGUUGGUAGUGGUAAGAAUGUGAAUACAGUGCGAAACCCAACGGACCCAAAAUUGAAAAAAAUGCAGUAUGCUGAGGAGUUAAAAAGACAAAUUGAGGAGGCAAGGGCGAAAAAAGCUAAGCAGAAAGAGGAUGACGAAGAAUAUAAUAGAAAGAUCGAAGAGCAGAUCUGCAACCUUGAAUUAUCAAGAGAAAUCCAUCCUCCUCAACAAAACAUGUCGAAUUCUGUGAACCCCGAACAAUUUCCUGACCAACAGGCGCAUACCGGUCUAGAUGUAUCGAAAGAAAUCCACUUUGAAGCUUCAGAUAGAGCUUCAACAAAUUUCGAGCCUAAUUUCGCCAGAGGUGGACAUGGAAUAUUUGGCAGCCCAUUAACGGAGAUACAGAAGCACAAUCUCCAAAAGUACAAAAAAGAACUGAGUCAGCAGAUAGCGGAGAAACGUCAGUUUAUGGAGCUUAAGAAACAAAAAGAAAUUGAGCUUGAGCAACGCGAGAUGGAAAGGAUUAGAGCGGAACGGUUGAAAAUGCAGAAAGAGUUCGAAGCGGAACAAGAACGGAAGCAAAAUAAAGUUGAGCGAGAUAUUCAACAAUUGAGCGACAAAAGUGAUGAGUAUAAAUUAAAACGUAAAGAAGAGCAUACUGGAAAUAAAACAAGGUUAGUUGAGAUGAGGAACACUAGGUACAAACAACCAUCAAAGAAUAUAAAGUCACCAACAUGUAGUCCUAAAAUCUUAAUAGGACCAGAAGCCAGCAAACUAAACCACUUGAAGCAGUUUGGUAGUGAGACAUCUGAUAAAAACAGCAGUGAAAAGACGCAGUCAAUACUGAAACAGCUAACCGCAUUAAAAGCUCAACUAGACAGGGAAAAAUCCAAAACUGAGUCGAUGUAUUACCAACAGAAACGUACUCGUGGUAAUAACAAAGAACGUAUGGAGGUUGGCACAUGUAAACAACGAUCUCGACCCCGAAUAAACAUAAAAGCUGUAGAACUAUUCCAAGAUGCUUCAAUUUUUAAUGAAAACAACACUCAUGUUUCAUCAGGGCAAAUGCCUAGUCAUGUUCAAGACGUUGAGCCCGAGAAUUUGUUGGAAGAGUCUUACAUAGAAGACUUAAGAGAUGUAGACCGGAAACAGGUAACUCUCUUGAGAAAGCAAAACAAUCAUCUCCAAGAGUUGAGAACGGAACUGUUGCAAAACAUUAAGGAUAAAAGCAGAGGUCAUUCAGUAAGGGAGAAAAAUGUUCAAAACUGCAACCCAUCCGCAAUGCAAAAUCCAAUAUUAGAUGAUAAUGAUUUGCUAAUUAAAUCUCAAAAUGAGUCAGAUGAGAUGCUACACUCAACUUCUUUGUCUAACGGGUCUAUUGAUCUAAAUCAAAUCGCCGAAAAAAAUAAGCAGCGUUUGUUGAGACUAGAUGCGAUCCAGCUAUUAACUGAAGUAAGUGACGAUCCUGAAUCAGUUUUACAGCGUUUCGUUGGUGAACAUGACAGGAUGUUUUCAAGUGAACACAAAAACAACAUUUUUAACUAGUUCAACUCGACGUCCCGUGUUUCAGUCCUACUGACAUAAUCUAUGGAGUAUAUGUAAGCCAUAUAUUUGUAAUAUAUUUCUGAGGAAAAUGUAUCUAAGUACAUUUCAUUAAUAAUUCAUGUACUGAGAUUAUUCCACGAAUUUUAUAAAAGAUAUUAUUGUUUAGAACCUAUGGGUUUAUUUUACCUCAUAAUCGGUUCUACGAUUCAAGGAAAUAUUCAUCAUUAGGACUGUAAAAAUAUGGUCAUACGAGAAUAA